AAAAACAAAUGUAGAGUACUGUGAACUGUAGCGUAUUUUGUAGAUCAUCAGUUUCAAAAAUUUGCCUAACCUUAAACCUAUACUUUGUAAACCUAAAAAUUUCACACAAUGUAUGCAGCACAUUUUGAAAAACAGAAAAAAGAGACGUCAAACUCUCUUUUGGUGACAUGUUUAAGUUUAAUUAAAAAAUCCUGUUCUGAUAAAGAGAAGUUUUCAGUCCUACUCGAGGUGACACAACAUGUGUCAGAAAACUCAUUUACAGCCGAUGACCAGUCUGUUGUCUUACAAACACUUGGCUUUGAAUUUCUGUCCAGACUUCUCAGAACUGGUGAUGAUUCAUGUCCAAUCAGCACCCAGCAAUCCAUUGCAUUAUGUUUAUUGUCUACAUUGACUACUGACCCAUAUGUUGUAAGCCAACCAGAAAUUAAAGAAGCUUUACAUUUUGUCAACCAUGUUCUAACAUCAAAUACUUUAGGGCAGGACUUGAAGGAGAAGUUCAUCCCCCUGUGUUGUGAUUGUGAGGAGAUAAUCUCAAACAUGGCUCAGUGCUCUACUGGUAUCAGUUAUCUUAUAGAGUGUGGAACUGCUGAUCUGUUGGUUGAUUAUGUUACAUCUGAACACUGUCAAAACUUUACUGCUGUACUGAACUGUCUAAGUCAAGUCAUGAGGGGUCGUGGGGAUUGUAUAUUCUCCAGUCAUCCGGACAAGUUUCAUCACUUAAUGAGCUUGACUGUUGAUAAGCUUGGACUUGGCUCUGACUUACGAGAAAAGUCAGAAUGUGCAAGGAUUCUAACUUCAUUCCUCAAUGGAAUCUCAACAAUUGAAGUCACUGCUCAAACAGAUUGGGUUAUUAAAUUGGUGCAGAUUUUGAAGAAAUUUAUCACCAUUAAAAUGAGCCCCGAGGAUAGCGACGCUGUGUUGUUUCUUGUCAGUGCUCUGGUUGAUGCGGCUGGGGUGGAAGUCUUGAACCCUAAAGUUGUUGGAGAUGCCGGUCUGUUAAAAGCUGUUGUAGCCAGAGUUUCUGUGGAGAUUUAUGUCAGUUUGGAUUGCAUUGACUUGAGUAAUGCUUUGGAGAGGUAUGCUGUACUGGACAAGGCGUAUAAACUCAUGUGUAAUGUGAUUGAGUUUCUGGGAGACUUUGGUGAAACUUUGGACUCAGAUUCCAUUAUUGUUAUAUACAGGAAACUUGUGGAAACAGGGGAGACAAUCACAGACUUCCUGUGCUCAGUCUCUAGUCAGGAGGUUGAUCUGCCCAAAAAUCACAGUGUUGUAUUGAUAUCAGUCAGAACAAUAGCAGCAAUGUUGUCUGAAAUUACUGAAGAACCGACACAAAAACUUUUAGAGUUACUUCCUUUUUUCAACUUUUUAUGUCAAAAUGUAGAGUACACAGAUGAUGUUGUUACAGAGGUUAAGAAUGCAACCCAGGCUGCCUUAGAAAAUAUAAAAGUAAUGGGCUUAAACACCAAUCAAGAAAUAAGUGACUCCCAAUCAUUAACUGCUGAACCACCUAUCAAUCACCCAUCAAACUUAACUUCACUAAUUAACAAAGUUAAUGAAGUGGAACCUGAUUUUUCAAGUGUUGAAAAUGACAUUAACGAAUCUAUACCACUAAUUGGUGAUUUAAAAAUAGAUCAAAAUACAGAAAUCAAGAAUAGAACUGAAUCGAAUAAAAAAUCUAUGUUAGUUUCAGAUCAUAUAAGCAGUUGUAAAAAAAAUAACGAUGUACAUAAUGUUAAUAAUAAUCAAGCUGAAACGAAAGAUGAAUCACAUUUCACCAGUGCUAAAGUUAAUCUCACCGAAGACGACAUUAAAGAGUUCUGCUCCCACCGACAAGCUGUGUAUUCUCAAAGAUCUCGGCCACUUCCCUUGCUCUCAAGGAAGGUUUCCUUUAGCAGCAGACCUAAAAGGAAAACGGUGAAGGGCGUGGAGGAGAUGCAGCACUGGAAGCCGAUGCCUGACGACGUGCUCCGCUUCUUGAUGCCAGCGUAUGGGUUUUUGAUUGAGUGUCCGGAGGCGUUGUAUGCGAUGGUCAAGUGUGAUGUGUUUCAAACUGUUGUGAACUUUCUGGAGAGGUCCUUAACCCUGCUUUUACAGGACCAAAGCACAUCUUGCCCAGAGAGUAUGACAAUCCAUGCACUGGGCUUGGUUGAGCAAAUCUACACCAACUCCCCCAUUACUGCUGCUGAUCUGCAAUGUUUUCAAAGUUUGUUUGAGUUAUCUCUCCUGUCUGUGCCUAACCUGUUAAAUCUACCUCACCCCCCACCUCUGGUGUGUUUGAAAUUACUUGAAGUCUGUCUUGUGGCUUACCGCUUGCAAAUGAGAAAAAAUAAAAGAAAUUCUUCAUUGCAAAGAUUAAAACAUUCACAGUCUAGGCUGUUUAAGGCAAUUGUGGAAUAUUUGAGUACAUUCUAUGAGUUUAGGCAACGGAAGGGCAGAUCACUCAUGAUGCAUAUUCAAAAGGAAUUAAGAGUUAUCUGGCCUUUAGCUGGAGAAGUUUGGGCUGGCUGUAUUGCUGGUUUAUGCACACUGGUAAGAUCAGUGGAAGAACUGCAGGAUACUCUAGUCAAGUCUUUGAUGCUGCCAGAUUUUUUAGAUUUCCUCAAAGAGUGUGAAGAUUUUGAAUCGAGUUCCUCAGAGGAGGUAAAGAAGAUGGUUGAAUCUUUGUUGUCAUUGGUUGAAAGUGCUGCUGAAGGCUCUAAUUUACUGUGUGAACUCAUACUCCAACACCAUGGCCAAGAGAUUGCUAGCAAGUUUCAACUUCAGAAGCUGCAGAGGUGCAUGAGUAGAGCUGUUCGCAAGACAAAUGGAACAUCAUAGUUAAGGAG